GCUCACAGCUCUGCCAUGUUUGUUCUCCGCUAGUUAGCAACUUAGCAUAGCGGGGGCCAACCAUCCGCGCUUGUUGUUGUCGUCGCUGCGUCGAAAGAACCACUCGUUCAAGCCCCACGUUUGUCUUCAUCGAAAUGUCGAGUUAUUAAACAAAUAAAUGUUACUCCGAUCCGUGUAGUCCCGUUCCUUAGAAGGAAAGCGCUCCUGCACCAUGACGGCCAAUGACGAGGAUUAUGCCUUCGAAUAUGACAAGCCUGGAACGGAGCGUUCACGCAGGAGGAGAGGUGAAGAUGACGACUUUGAGAGUGACCUGGAGGAGGAUUUGUUAGAAGAAUUUUCGCCUUUGGGUAAGAAGAAUCUUUCUGAAGAUGAGGACGAAGAAGAGCUGAAUGAUGCUCUUCUACAGAGUGAUGAAGAUGAACAGAUGAGUGGCCAGGAAGUGAGCCUCAAUGCAACGGACAGCUUAUACAAGCAGGAGAAUACGCAGCACUACGCUGAUGACGCCGUCAUCUUGGGCACCGACGACUACGAGGAUGUGGCCGUGGAGGCCGGUUACACGCUAGACCAGGGAGAUGAGUACACGGACGAUUACAUUCAGGAUGAUGGGCCAGAAGACCAAGUGGAUUACACUACAGACGAAGUGCUUGACAUCCAAAUCAAUGAACCUAUCGAUGGAGAAUUUCAAGACAAUGAAUACCAAAACUAUGAGGAUGAAGGAGUCCAGCAAGACGUUACCCAUGAGGUGGAGAGUUUGGGGAAUGAACAGCAACAAGGGGCACAAGACUCUCAGGUCUUUGAAACAUCAGAGGCUGAAAAUGAAGCCAAGCCUACAGAACCCAAAGAGGACUCGGAUGACGACGAUGACGAAGAUGGAGACUCUGGUCGUAUCCGCUUCAAGUCGGAGAGAAAGGAUGGCGGUAUCGUGCGUUUAGCCGAUGCUGGGAAUAAGCGGAGGAAUAUCCCGGAAACACUAGAACUGUCAGACAAGGCCAAAAAAGAUCUUAUUCAGUACGAGCAACAAGAACGGCAGAAACGGCAAAAUCGGUAUGGGGGCCGAGGAGGAGGAAGAGGAGGAGGCUACACUGGAUAUGGAAUGCAUAACAUGAGAGGAGGAAACCGAGGAAGAAUGAACAACCACAGCUUCAACCAAAGAGGCAACAUGGGAAUGCGGUCCUCUCGAAUGCCUCUCCUCCAUCUCCCCCAUCAGCAGCAACAUCACCACUCUUUGUUCCGGCCGCGAGGACCCCACCCCUUCCAAGAUCACGGGCGACCACACGGGCAGCAACCCCUGCAGCCUCUUAUCCCGCCACACAUGACACACCGCUUGCCGACGCUUCAGCCCCAGAUUGAGCCGCCACCGCCAAGACCGUUGGCCUCCCCGCCUCCAAGUUUUGGCCAUCAUCACAACCAACAUCAACAACACCACCACCACCAGCCGCCACCACCACAGCAGCAGCAGCCCCACCAACCCAAAAACAUUCACAUUAAUCCCCAUUUCAGAGGCUCGGCGCCAUCCUCUGUGCCAGUGCCCUUGAUGCCUCCUGCUCCGAGCCAACCCAGGCCUGCUGUGGGUCCUCAAAGGUUCCCUGGACCGGGGGACUUCCAUCAGCACAUGCCAAAUAAUUUUGGUCAGCCCCAGCGGCCGCCUCAUCACAUGGAGCCCUUCAGGAACCCGCCGCAUCAAGGCCCCCAGGACAGAGAGCAGCCCCUCUUUAUGGGAGGCCCAGAACACACGGAUCCAGCGAGCUUUCCAGGGCAGCUCAUGUUUGAUCACCAGGGCCCCAACCCGCACAUGAACACUAACCUGCAGCCGCAAAUGCCCGCACAGGGCCACAUGGGGUUCGGUCAACCAGGACCGGCCUUCGGCCAGCCGGGCCCGCAGGGCCCACUUGGACUGUUCUCUAGAGAGCCGCCGAGACCCAGCCUCCCCCAUCCCCAAGGCCACCAGGGGUUGGUCAGCUUGAAUCAGCAAGUUCCCCCUCCCAACCAGGCAAGGCCCUUCAUGAACCCUCGUCAGUCCUUUAAUCAGCAGGGGAGCCUUUUCCCUCCACCACAAGCCCAAUUUGGGAUGCAGGGCUUGUUGCACUGCCCCCCUCAGCCUCCGAUUCAGGACCCCCUCCCCACCCAUCAGCCCAUCCACCAACAGCAACAUAGGCAGGAUCUCCUCCAUCACCAGCAGCCGCAACAGCUAAAUCUCAACGACCCUCCUCACUUGCUUCACCACAGCCAGAAUCUCUUCCAGCAACAGCCGUCACACAGCAGUCCGAGACAUUCGAGCCCCCGCGUCCAAAACCUACAACAGCGCAACAUGGGCAACAGGCAAAGGAUGAACACACCUGCUCCCAAGCAAAUCCACCCUCAGCGCAACAGCAACCUACGGGAGCUCCCUAUAGCACCUGGCAACGCAAACAUGAGCACCUCCUACCCCACUGGUUCCCUCGGUGCCAACGUCAGGCCUGUUGCCAAGGCAACGCAAGGGGUGCGUCCCGUGCAGCGUGCUCAAGCGGUGCCUGGAGGCGGCAGAGGAAGAGGCCAGGUUGCUGUCAAUACCACCCCGCAGCCCCUGGCCGCGGGCAGGACGGUGAUUCGCAAGGAAAUCGCUAGCAGUACAGCAUCACAGGAUCCGGACGAGGACGAAGAGACUAGGGAGUACCGUCUGAAGAUUGAGGAACAGAAGCGCCUCCGAGAGGAAAUUCUGAAGAGGAAGGAGCUACGACGGCAGAUGCAGGCUGGCGUCAGGAAGAAGGAGCUUCUAGACAGGAUCAACACUCAAACGCCAACCCAAAGCAACACGGCUUCACAGCAGCCAACAACCCCGCAAAACCAGCCGGCCCCACCUGCCCCGCAGCAACUACUGGUACCGGCGCCACAGCAGCAGCAACAGGGACAGCGACAGCCUCCGCAACAGCAGAGACAAGGACUGCUUGGUAAUCCCAAUGGCGCGCCCCAACUGCAAACGCCGCGUCUCAAUGUCAAGACGCGCUUGCAGAUGGGAAAGGGAAAUAGCCAGCAGCUACAGACUCUCAGGCCCGGUCCGGACCAGCAGCAGAGUCAGCCCCCACAAAGCCCUCUGCAGCAGCAGAGAAGGGCAAGCGGGCCGCUGAAUGCAAACAAACCUGCCGCUCCUAACCAGAUUGCUCAGAUCCCCCAACAAAACAUUCCUGUGACUCCCGCGCUGGGGCCUGGUCAGCCCCAGGCUCAAGGACUUAAACCUGGGGCUAAAAGAACAGUGAUGCAGCGGGCCAAGCUCGCUGACGGCGAAGGCCAGCAGGUGCCGCAAAAAGUCAGAGUGGUCAAACUUUCCGGCGGGCCAGGAAAGGGCCCGCAGGCCACGGGUAUGCCAGUCCAGCAACAGUUCCAUCAUCGAGGCUCCUGGCCGGACAACCCUGUCAGGCAAGGCGUCCAACGGAAGGUCACUAUGGGGGGACAACAGCUGCACAGUGCAGGUGGAAUGCAACAGGCGGGCCGAGGAGGCAUUGCCAACCUGCAGCAGAACAGGGUCGUCGUUUCAGGCCGAGGAAGGGGGGGCACCCCUGUGGGUCGAGGGGGUCCGAUGGGUCCCAGGCAAGGGCAAAGGGUCGAUGAGAGUCAACGGCGCACUGUCACCAUUGAAGGCCUAUCGUCGUCCACCACUGAGGUGCAGCUGCAGAGCCUAUUGCGAUCCAUCGGCCCAAUUGAGAUGUUCAGAAUGAUACCUCAGCAAAGGAAAGCAGUUGCCACCUUCUCAAGUCCGCAGCAUGCCGCCAGCUUUCAAAUAAGCUUCCAUAGGCACAUGAUUGAUUUAUCCCACAUUGAUGUGAAGCUGAUUGACGGAUGAAGCAACCGCACUCAAAACGCUACGAUCCACACCAUUCUACCCCAGCGCCCCCACGACUCGACGCCCCAGCCCCCGACACACUCACAACCUCCAAACUACGUCAUGCAAUGAGUUGCCGCUGCCAUUAUGGGGUCAGUCAGCUAUCAUGUCUACACGAGAGUGUUGUCCUUGGAACUUGGAAUAAUUCGACGUGUAACAGCAUGCUUAAUAACCAUUGUCCAUAGUAUGGGAAUGACACCGGUGAUAGACUAAGUCUAGUUUACUUUGUACAGUACACAUGGACAUUAAGACACAGGAUAAUGGUUGCUCCUCUCCAUAACGUUCUGUUAGUGUUUGUUAUUAAAAAAGGUCUCUUAUUUGUUCUGGCCAGGUUUGUUGUCUGUGCUCCCUCUGCAGAUGGCAGCAUAACAUCGCUUUUUCAAAGCGGAAUUGAGGCACUCCACUGGUACUCUCUCUCAAACCAGCAUGCGGUGCUCUUCAGUUUAGGCCAACUGGCUAAUUAUGACCAUAAGUUUCUUUUAAAGGAGUUCCCUCGCAGAUUUCAUAUACCUUUUGAUGUACAUUUUAGUUGUCGAGGAAGGAAUCAUUACAGAUUGCUACAUUUUUAAUUGGCUGGCGUGCAUUGUAGGAUUCUGUACAGGAUUUCUUUUGUCGGUUUUUAUUUUUAGUAUAGAUAUGAGCAGAUGUUGAGUAGUUGUCUGUUCGGCUGCGUUGACUGCCUCCUUAUUAGUUUAAAUUGAAUAAUUCCAAAUAGUCUGCAUAGUUGAAAAAGCCUCAGCCUCUUGCUAUUCUGCGAGUCAGAAUAAAUAUGCUUGUAGUAUAUGCCAUCAGGAAGCUUGAGGCGUUGUGAAGAAAGACAACCUGAUGCACUUUUAACAUUUUGCUCACGCCACUGUGUUCAAAACUUGGAAUAGAGAAUAUCUGGGGCGAAAUUACAAGCUGCAGUUUUUAACCUCGUAGCAUAAGGUUUAUGAGCAAAUGUGUUUACAUCAAGUGUCGCUCAAAUACUUUAUGUACCAGUAAACCUCAAUUGAAUUUCAUAGCAUUUAUACAAGUGGCACCUAAAAGUUGAGGGGGCAACCAUUAUCCAUGUAGAAUUUUCAUGUACAUACCAGGGUGUUGUCCCAUACACAAGCGCUUUGUCUGGAAUUUAUAGCAAGUGUGCUUUGUUGAGUACAUUUUAUGUCAAAUGUUCAGCCAUCAAUAUCUUUUAAUUUCUAAAGAAAUGACAAAUAAUGACCGCAUUUCUGUUCGCGAAAGGGGGGGAAAAAGAAUUUCUUGAGGGGAAAAUAAAAAAAGAUGGCCAAUAUAACCGUGAACAAGCGGGUAUGUGAAGCCGGUUGAACUAUAGCCUGUCUGAUGUCCAUAUUUCGGCUGCAUUUUAGCAGGUAGAUGUCAUAUAUUCUUGUUAUUUUCAUGUUUUAUGCAUAUUCCAUUUAAGGGUAAUCCUCAAAUGGAUAAACAUUUUACCUCACUAAUACUACCUCACAAGUUUUAAGGGGAGUCCCAUUGAAUUUUACAAAAAUAUAGCCAAUGAAUUGCUAGUAAAAUAGAAUUUGAAUUUUGUUUUGGCCAGGUAGAAAGUGAAGAUUGUUCUUUAGUACGUUACACACAGAGAGCAAGUGACAAAUCUUGUCCUAUGCUAUAAUUUUCACAGAUACAUUUAACAUUUUUUACCUGUUUUUAUGACGGAAAAUGAGUGGUUCAUUACACACAUACCGACAAUCUCACCAAUGUUUGCCAUUUUCCCAUCCUUGUGACAAUUUUCAGUAAUGUUCCUCUUAUUGUGGCUAAUGGCUAUUCCUAAAAGAAUCCGGAGUGAUAAUCCAGCGGUGUCAUGUGGAAUGUGUUGUUAGGAAAAUAGUUUGGGACUGUCAAUUGUGAGUGUUAAAUGUGUCGUGUAUUCAUCACAAAUCCUUGUGUUGUCAAGGUAGAAAUCGGAAUUUGAAACAACAGCAAGUUAUUUACCAGAUAAGCCAGAAAGCCUAGUUUCUUCUCUGUAUUUUCUGGCAGUCUGGAUUCCAUCUGGCAUGGCGGUGCCUCUGACAGGUCAGUCUAGGUACUACGACCGAUAUUUGUGCAUGGUGGUGGUUUUCAACUCUGGUACAACACACACUUAUUAGCAGGACGAUGCCAUUUUUUUCCCCCUACCUGUUGUGUGGGGUCUUUAACAUUGGUAAAAAUUGGUAUGUGUGUACCCCACUUUAAAGCUUGUGAACUCACAAUUGCAUCCUGACCAACAAGGACGACGCUAUUAAGUUACUGAAUUACUUCAUGUCACUCCUCCCUGUGUGAACGUACUUUUUUGUUAAUAAUUGAUUGGAUUUAGUAAUUUAGUGGUAUUCCCUCUCAAUUACCAAAACACAUCAAGAAGCCUUAAUCCUAGUGUAGCCUAGUCAAGGGUGUAAUGAUCACAAUUGACUUGUGCAUUGUGCAUGUGAAACUUGUGUAUGUUGUACAUUUGUUUUUAUGGAAUGACACCUAUUUUUUAUGCUUUCUAUUUUAAGUUGAACAGAUUUCACAAAGGUUCUCUUAUUUCUUUGUUCUUCUGUUCAGUUUUGUGCUAAAUCCAUUGGAUUUUUUAUGGUUGAGUACUGACAAUGCCAGUUAUAGUGGUUAAUAUGGAUAAGACGGAUGUUCUUGUUAAGCCAUAACAGAUUCACAUUGAAUCGUUCUUCCAUGUUUAUUGAGAGAUUUCUACGUUAGCUGCACUAUUUUGAGAUGUUUCACUCACUCUACCUCACGGUUGCACUUUUUGCACUUGCAUUGGCUCUUAAAUGUUACUUUACUGUCCUUUCCUCCCUCUUUUUACAGGGACGAGCUGGAGGAUCUUGAUAAUCUAUUAAUCAAUUUAUAUUUCUCUAGGUCAGUGCCCCUUCCAGAUGUGGAGCCUCAGUCUUAUGCAUAUUGUAUUUCCUCAAACAGUGGCUCUAACGGUAAUAUAUGCCCGCCUCUUUUAUUUAUUUAUUUUUUUAAACUAUAAGGUACAACUGUAACGAGCUCAGUUAACGGUUGUCAUAGAUUUUCUUUCUUAAAAUCAACUUUGAUUCUUCCCCAAAACAGAAGCAAGUAAGCAGUCUUCCUGUUGUAUUAGUUAAAUAACAACUCAACCGGAGCCACUAUAUGAGGAAUUACAUUUGCCAUUAAAUGCAAUGUUCUUUUAAAUGUUAAUGUUGCAAACAGCGGGCCCAUAAAAAGUACUAAUAAUAGUUAUUAGUGUUGCAAUGUCAAAAUCCUAAGAUUUCAAAAGGCACAAAACCAUAAGUGUUUGUCUUUUGAAAUGUAUUUUACACUUAAAUACAAUACGUAACAUUUCCGUGAUUGUUUCAUAAAGUUACAGUACAUUGCUUAAUUCAGUGUUUUCAACCUUUUCUGAGUUACGGCAUGUUUUUAAAUUGGAAAAAAUCUUGCGGCACACCACAAACCAAAAAUGUUCCAAAUUGCUUUCUGUACAACAUAUUUAGUUAUAAUAGCUCAAUAUUUAUACUUACUCAGUGUGAAACUUGAGCCUGUUUAGAUGAACACAAAGCCAAUAUGCUGGCAGGAAUAUUCAACGGCUCUCAGUCGCUGUUUUUUUUUUUUUUUUUUUUUAUAGCAGCUAGGCUUGAAAAGCUCAGAAUUAUCAGACGGCGGGACUGAAGCAAUGUCUUUUAUAAUAAUAUAAAUAUAAAUAUAUAAAUAUAAAAAUAUUAAUGUCUUUGCCGCAGUGUGGGGCUUUUUGGAUUUAGCAACAAGUUCGGCAACAAGGCUUUGAGGGCUUUCUCAUAUACCUUUGUUGGUUUUCUAAAAAAAAAAAAAAAUUGAUGGAUUGAUGGUCGUUACAUAUGGAUAAAAUGGAAAGGACAUUUCCGUGUAUAUCGACACUUGAUGAUUUUCAUCAAAUGAUGUACAUUAGACGUGCUGGGGUCCACAUUGUCGUGGACAGCAAGGUGACUGAUGGCUAGAAAUCCAAGCAGUUUUUGAAUGCGACAUGAGCAAUACUGCACUCAUCUACACACGACCGCAACCUACCUACUCCUUCCUUCCAAAUGCAACUCCGCCCGACGACGUUUAAAAAAAAAAAAGGCGAUAUUGGAUAAUUUGUCGCGGCACACCUGACAAUCUCUCACGGCACACUAGUGUGCCGCGGCACAGCGGUUGAAAAACACUGGCUCAAUUGACGCCACCCAUGAAAAUGUUUUAGAUUGGUAAUUGUUUAAACUGUACGUAUAUCACCAGCUACUGUACAAAAAAGUUUAUUUGAAGAAAUUUUGCUCUAAAAAUAGGUAUGAUUAUGUUGUUAUACAUAUAUAUAUGUUAGGGAUGUCCAGAUCCGAUCAUGUGACCGGCCAAUCGCGCCAUUUUUCAGAGGAUCCGAAUGGCUGCUUUUCUUGGUUACCAGUGCAGCUGGCGUUUGGUACUCUAAGUUAAUGAUGAUAUACAGGUUUGUUGCUUUGAUCUGGCGUUUGAAGGCUCGCUAGCGCUACGAUAAAAAGCACAAAUGUGUUAAUCAUCAUUUAAUCAAUCUUUGUUGGCGACAGGCUGUUCUGGGCAGUGUGAGCGUCAAAGCGUGAGUGAAUUUGAAUGGACUCACUCAUAUGAAUUAUAUGAAUGUUAUGGAGAUUGAUUGAAGACUGGCGUUAAAGGUCAUGCAAUGAAAAAUGUGUGUUCGCCUACAUUUUGUGCUAAUGCACCUUAAGAAAAAAGUUAGGAGCACCAGCGCAACCAAUGCAAAGAGUAUAAGCCUUGGCAAUAUAAAUAGCAAUGUUAAUUUUUUUUACAAUAUCGUUCAGGCCUAAUUUAUAUUUUGUUUUACUUUUUAAGGGCUAAAAACUAAUGUUCCAGAAAUAAAAUGUAAUUGCCAAAAAAUACAAAAAUAUAUACAUUCUAUACUCUGUACCCCUCUCUGAAAAACAGGAAGCACUAUAAAAAAUAAAGUACUGUAACAUUUUUGGAACUUUUGUUUGGGUUUUGGACUCUUAAAUUUAUUUAGUUUUUUUCUCGAUAUCUGGUCGGGACUUAGUAUUGGCAGAUUCUCAAAAUAAGGGGGCUCGGACUCUGUGCAAAAAUAGGCGAUCGGGAGAUCCCAUAUAUAUAAUAUAUAUAUAUAUGUAUAUAUGUGUGUAUAUAUAUAUAUAUAUAUUAGGGCUGUCAAACGAUUAAAAAAUUUAAUUGAGUUAAUUACAGCUUAAAAAUUAAUUAAUCGCAAUUCAAACCAUCUCUAAAAUAUGCCAUAUUUUUAUGUAAAUUAUUGUUGGAAUGGAAAGAUAAGACACACGACGGAUAUAUACAUACAGCAUACUGUACAUCAGUACUGUAUUUGUUUAUUGUAACAAUAAAUCCACAAAUGGCAUUAUUAACAUUCUUUCUGUUAAAGUGAUUCACGGAUAGAAAGACUUGUAGUUCUUAAACGAUAAAUGUUAUAGUUACAAGUUAUAGUAAUUUUAUAUUAAAACCCCCUUCAUGUUUUCGUUUUAAUAAAAUUUGUAAAAUUUUCCAUCAAAAGUAGAGUUAAUAAAAUAAUAAGAAUAAAAAUAACAAUAAUAAAAAUAGAGUGAAAAGUUUUACGUGUAUUUUGCAUAGCUAAAUUGAUAUGAAUGCCAGUUUAUUUAGCAUUGUUGUUUAACUGUGUGUCAGAAUAGGGCCUCAUUACUAUAGACUGAAGUGCUUUUCUUUUUGAGAACAUUAUUUUUUUUUUUGAGAGAUUGGAAUAUUAUUUUUGUUGUGCUUUCACUAAACGAUACUUAUGUUUGUUGUGAAGGAGAAGCUUAUGCAAAUAAACGGCGCGCCUGUGACCACUCGCCUUUACUGUAUAACAUAUACAGUGGGGAGAACAAGUAUUUGAUACACUGCCAAAACCCAUUGGCAGUGUAUCAAAUACUUGUUCUCCCCACUGUACCUGUACAUAUCUUACCCAAAAUAAAACAAGAGACACAUAAUUGCCACUAAAAGAAGGAAAACUUACCGAAAUAUGUGUGGAGCACAAAUAGCAAUUUGAUUUGCAUUGUGAAUACAGCAUAAACGUCUCACAACUACUAAUUCUCCCACGUUUAGAAGACAUAACAUGAGUAUGGAACGGCGCUGCCCCCAAGCGGCCGGUGGCAUUCUCUUCACUCUUAAUGUCCAUAAACGGUCUCAUUGUAAUGUUUGAGGCAAUAUGCCAGCGGGUGCGUUAAUUGCGUCAAAUAUUUUAACGUGAUUAAUUUAAAAAAUUAAUUAACGCCCGUUAACGCGAUAAUUUUGACAGCCCUAAUAUAUAUAUAUAUAUAUAUAUAUAUAUAAUAUAUAAUAUACUGUAUAUGCGUGUGUGUGUUCAUAUUAAUGAAAUUUCAAACUCAUACUCACACAUAUGGCAUAGACUUUCUGUAACUUCUAACAGCACUGGCUAAACUUAUCUCCUUUCAGAUACAAUGUUUAUCGCUUCAUGGAGAGAGAUGCAUCACUUCAAGACGCUGUACUUAUUUCAAUUUGUAUUUUGGCACAGCUGUGGCAUCAUUUUGUGACACUCAUUUUCUGCCUUUGACAGUGAUAGACGUUGAAUGCAUUUUCACUAAAACAGCCUGGCAGUAAAUGAGUUUAAUACAAGAAUGAUCUAAAGGUGGUUGACUAAGCAUUUUUUUAACCUAACUAAAUUUAGUUUUACUUGGAACGUUUUGAUCAACCUUGGCCACAGGUGUCGCCAUUUUUGACAUCAGUAAUCUCACUUUUUCCCCUCAGUUUCUGGAGACCAUCUUUCCAUCUAAUCUGUUAGUUUCUUACAGCGCUUCACUGCAACACCUGGUGUGAAUCCAAUGGGCAUUUUUGAAUUUUCACUGCUUUAUGCUUCUUUUUCCUCACACGUUUCUCCUCUUGUCCUCAACGCCGGCCUUGUUCAUUAAAGACUUGUGUAUCAAACAGGGUGGCCCCAACCCGGAUCGCCACUUUGGAUAUGGAGCAGACUGGUUUACUCUAAAAACCACUGUACACUUCUCAUAAGAGCUUUUGACGCACUUUUUGACAUUUGGACUGGUGGUGGUUGGAUUUUUUUGCCGCUCCAUUUUUAUGGAAAACAAAACCACACACUGCACUUGUUACUUGGUGUGGAUGACUCACUGUUUGAAACCAACUGAUUGAGUUUUGGAGCAAGACUUGUCAAAUUGUGUUGGCAUGUGUAUUCAAACUGAUGUUUUGACAUGAAAAACGGCUAAAUCAUUGUGCAUUUUUUUAAAUGGAUGUACUCAAAGAUGUCUAUUUUUCUAAAUUUUAAAGACAUGGAAUCGUUCAGUUUAAGAUAAAGUGAAAUAAAACUGUUUG